AUGCGGCGUGCGACGUCUCUGCUGCCUCUCCUGCUGAACAUGGCGAUGGGCUUCAAGCUGUGUCCCAGCCACUGCCUCUGCUACGAGUCCUCCGACCUGGUGGACUGUCGGUCUCGUGAUCUGGUCCAGGUCCCUUCCAGUGUCCCCCACGGCACCUGGCUGCUGGACCUGAGUGGAAACAAGCUGACUGAGGUGCACACCAGAUCCUUCAUGGGGCUUUGGUCACUAAAGAUCCUCCUGAUGUCCAACAACAGCAUCCAGACUCUGCAGCCACAGUGUCUGUCAUCACUGCAGUUUCUGGAGAGGCUGGACUUGAGUUUUAACCGGCUGCGUUGGCUCCCUCAGCACUUCUUCCAGAGUCUGUCCGCCCUCAGGGAGCUCCAUCUGGACCACAACCUGCUGCUGCACCUGGACUCCACCUCACUGGGCAACCUGGAAAACCUGAGGAAACUGGAUCUCAGCUACAACCGCAUCCAGGUGAUAGAUGUCAGGACUUUCAGCAGCCUGUCUCGACUGAUCCUCCUCAACCUGGAGGGAAACAGACUGAACGUCCUUAAAGACGGCCUGCUGAGCAGACAGCAGAGCCUGGAGGUGCUGCUGCUCAGCCACAACAACAUCUCACUGAUCCAGGCCGAAGCUCUUGCUCCUCUGCGGAGUCUCACUCUGCUGGCUCUGCGGGGAAACCAGCUGAGUCACAUCCGGUUCAAGACCUUCCUGAAGCUCCAGACCACCACCACUCACCUCCAGAUGUCCUCCAACCACUGGACCUGUGACUGCGAGCUGCAGCGCGUCUUCGACAAGAUCCGUCGUGUUCGGCAUCUGCAUGUGGACGACUACAAGGACAUCAUCUGUCGAGCUCCUGCUCAGCAGACCGGGAGCUCCCUGGCAUCCCUGGACGGCCGCCUGUGCAUCGCUGAGACGGCAUCAGUCCUCGUCAUCACCAUCACUGUGACACUGGCUGUGAUUGGCACCGUGAUCAAGGCGGAGUGCAACCGGAUGAACAAACAAACU